ACAACUCGCAGAGGCGCAAAAGUAGCCGCCCGCGCCCGCCCCGAGCCCGGAGCCCAGACCGGCGGCGGCAGCAGGAGCCGGGAGCGCUCGGGACGCCCGUGCCCUUCCCGCCCUCGGGGUCCGGGGAGCCGCCCGCCCCGCGCGCCCAGCCCGGCGGGAGCAGGUCGCCGAGAACCGUCCGGGAGAGACAGGCAGAGACGCGGCGCGCGCUCCUGCUCCGUCCUGAGAAGCGUCCGCUCCCGGUUUCCAGCCUCAGAAGCUCCGCGGCGGCGGGAAGGAGGCAGCGGAGGGGCAGGUGCCGGAGGCGCCCCGGGCUCCGCGACUGCGUGUCGGCCAUGGCCUCGGUCCUGGGGGGCGGCAGAGGCUCCGGAGGGCUGAGCAGUCAACUCAAAUGCAAGUCCAAGAGGAGGAGGCGGCGGCGCUCCAAGCGCAGAGAUAAAGUAAGCAUACUGUCAACCUUCCUCGCUCCCUUCAAGCACCUGAGUCCUGGCACCACAAACACAGAGGAUGAAGACGCCCUAAGUACCAGCAGCGCCGAGGUGAAGGAGAACCGCAACGUGGGCAACCUGGCCGCGCGGCCGCUGCCCCCCGGGGACCGGGCCGGGGCAGGCGCACCUGGCGCGAAGAGGAAGCGGCCACUGGAGGAGGGGAACGGGGGCCGCGUGUGCAAACUGCAGCUGGUCUGGAAGAAGCUGUCGUGGUCGGUGGCGCCCAAGAACGCGCUGGUGCAGCUGCACGAGCUGAGGCCGGGCCUGCAGUACCGGACAGUGUCGCAGACGGGCCCGGUGCACGCCCCGGUCUUCUCAGUGGCCGUGGAGGUCAACGGGCUCACGUUCGAGGGCACCGGGCCCACCAAGAAGAAGGCCAAGAUGCGCGCGGCCGAGCUGGCGCUCAGGUCCUUCGUGCAGUUCCCCAACGCCUGCCAGGCACACCUGGCCAUGGGCUGCGGCCCCGGCCCCGGCACGGACUUCACCUCCGACCAGGCCGACUUCCCCGACACGCUCUUCCACGAGUUCGAGCCCCCGGCGCCGCGCCCCGGCCUCACGGGAGGCCGCCCUGGGGACGCCGCGCUGCUCUCCGCGGCCUACGGGCGGCGGCGGCUGCUGUGCCGCGCGCUAGACCUGGUGGGCCCGGCCCCGGCGGCCCCGGGAGAGCGCAACCCCGUGGUGUUGCUGAACCGCCUGCGCGCCGGGCUGCGCUACGUGUGUCUGGCGGAACCGGCCGAGCGGCCGCGCGCGCGGAGCUUCGUGAUGGCGGUGAGCGUGGACGGCAGGACGUUCGAGGGCUCGGGGCGCAGCAAGAAGCUGGCCCGGGGUCAGGCCGCACAGGCCGCGCUGCAGGCGCUCUUCGACAUACGGCUGCCGGGACACGCGCCCGGCAGGGCCAGGAGGACGCCGCUGCCACAGGAAUUCGCAGACUCCAUAUCCCAGCUGGUCACAGAGAAGUUCCGAGAGGUGACGAUGGACCUCACACCCGUGCAUGCCCGCCACAAAGCACUGGCAGGAAUCGUCAUGACCAAAGGCCUGGACGCUCGGCAGGCGCAGGUGGUGGUCCUGUCCUCGGGGACCAAGUGCAUCCGCGGCGAGCACCUCAGUGACCAGGGGCUGGUGGUGAACGACUGCCACGCGGAGGUCGUGGCCCGGCGGGCGUUCCUGCACUUCCUCUACUCGCAGCUGGAGCUGCACCUGAGCACGCGGCGCGAGGACUCGGAGCGAUCAAUCUUUGUGCGGUUAAAAGAAGGUGGCUACCGGCUGCGGGAAAACAUCCUCUUCCACCUCUACGUGAACACCUCCCCCUGCGGAGACGCGAGACUCCACUCCCCCUACGAGAUCACCACAGACCGUAAGAGACAACACUUUUACCUCCUAGAGCACGAGUCUCAUCCCGCACGUGGCCGGGAACCCGCGGUCAUGUCAGCUUCCUUGUUUCGAAAUUUCUCUGUGAAGAGGCGCAGUUCUGUUUGGGCAGCCAUAAGAGAAAUUUCUGGCUGGCUUUUGAUCCCUGACUUUAUGGAUCUGGAUCUGGGGCUGUUGCCAGGCCGAAUGGCCCUCACUGCAUCUGAAAUCCGCUGUGGUCUCAGGACCCACGAACGAGCCACAGGAGUAUACCUUGAGCCCGUUUGCUGGGCAGGACCCCCACCCCGCCUACGUGUGUGCCCGACAGCACUGACGGCUCAUCAGGCUCCAGGUGCCCCAGCAGAGAAAGCUGAGAGCCAGGCCCCUGCUCAGAAGCUGCUCUUCCUGGGCCAAGGACUUGUGGCCAUCUUGUCUCCCCCAACAGAUCAGGCCCUCCCUGUGGCCCUCCCUGAGAGCUCGGGGGUUGCUCACUUCCUCCCCACAUGGUGCCGGCAAGGCAGCCCCCGGGCCGAAGUGAACAUCAAAGAAAAAAUUGACUCUGAAGAGCCACCGUUGGAGAUCCAGGCAGACACGCUGUGGAAUGAAGGCUUCUCAGUGGCAGGUCCACACGAUGGGAAGCAUGACAGGUCCUCAAGACCAGGCCGCAGAAGGGCAGAAAGGACCCAGCUCCCUGGGCUCCAGGUGGGCCCCGCUGAUCUCUGGCUCUCCCCACAGCUGGAAUUGUCCUGGGCUCCAGGGUGGGCCCCACUAACCACUGGUUCUCCCCACAGGUGGAACGUCCUGGGGCUGCAGGGUGCGCUCCUGUCCCACUUCGUGGAGCCUGUAUACCUGCAGAGCAUCGUGGUGGGCAGCCUGCACCACACGGGCCACCUGGCACGCGUCAUGAGCCACCGCAUGGAGGACGUCGGCCAGCUGCCCACCCCCUACCGGCACAACCGGCCUCUCCUCAGUGGCGUGAGCGAUGCCGAGGCGCGCCAGCCAGGGAAGUCGCCCCCCUUCAGUGUGAACUGGGUGACGGGCAGCACAGACCUGGAGAUGAUCAACGCCACCACCGGGCGGAGGAGCUGUGGGGGCCCAUCCCGGCUCUGCAAGCACGUGUUCUCUGUGCGAUGGGCGAGGCUGUACAGCAGGCUGAGCACACGGACACCCAGCCCCGGAGACAUGCCGUCCAUGUACUGUGAGGCCAAGCUAGGGGCGCACACCUACCAGGCCGUGAAACAGCAGCUGUUCCGGGCCUUUCAGAAGGCCGGCCUGGGCACCUGGGUGCAGAAGCCUCCGGAGCAGCAGCAGUUUCUACUGACUCUCUAGGCUGUGGGCUCCCGGCCGUGGAGCUGAGCCAGACGCUGGAGGGAUGGGCCGUGUCUGCGGGGCAACGUGGCAGGUCGGCCGGUUCCCUGCAUUCUUUUUUUUUGGCGUUCCAGAAACACACGAGUGUGCAAUGUGUGGAGAAGCAAUGAGACUGGAAUUCAGAGCACGCCUCUUCCCAGAUAGCUGGCCCCAGACCCAGGGACACAUGCGCUGUGGAGUUGGCGCCGGCUCUCCUGUGGCAUCCGAGGGAGGGGCUCCAUUCAGGCGAAGGGGGCUCAGCUGCAGCCUUGGAAGGAGGCACCAGCGUGUGUCAGGCGGGAGUGAGCCUCGGCCUGUCCCUGCACCCCAGCCCUGUGUGCGCCUCUCGGCCAUCUUCAGGUCUCACUAGCACAGGUUUAUGGGGCACAUGAAGAUAAAGCCACAAACAGAGAGAAAAGCCAUGCCCACCCCGCCCCAGAGAAACCAAGAAGAAUCCUCAAUUAUUUUCAUUAUUCAUUUCAGUUUUUUUACUCCACCUCCUUUCAAAAAAGACUUAAGAUGCACAUCAUUAAAGAACACCUAGCACAGAACCUGAGAAAUGAAAGCCAUUCCCGCAAAGAGUAGGAACAGCUCCCAAAGCGCUCACAAGCCAGAGUGAAGACCUGUGAUGUGCGGAGCCCUCUAAGCGCCUCCCACUGCGCCCCGCAGAGCCGCCCAUGCCUGUUCAGCCCAUCAGCCUGUGGUUUAUUUUGGCAGAUACGGAGCACCACUGAGGCUCGGCUGUGUGAGGGUUAGCUAUCACCCUGUAACCUCCCUACCAGGUAAUAAGGAGACUUGCUAACUAAAUUUUUAUUAGAAAGCAAGCACAAAAUAAAAUUCAAAACAACCUUUACCUUCAGCUUGAGAGGCUACAGCUCUGCUCUUUCAGAUUCUCCAAUCAGCACCUUGCAGGACAAGACCCCCAAAAAGUUCAGCUGUCAAAAAAUGUAAGAGGCAGGGUUCUGUCACCCUGGAGCAGGCAUCCAACCCCAGAGAACCUUCAGCUCACAGUGGAGAUGGGACACUGGGGCUUUGGCCCACAGCGUCAUCACUGAGUUAAGACGGUGUAUUCAUACAGGAGUCUGGCUCUUUUCCAAGUAUCUUUAGGCAUCUAUUGCCUCAGUUGCUGUAAUCUCACCACCAAGAACUCAUUUCUAACAUUCAUCCUGCUAUGUAGCCAGUCUGUCAUUUCUCCAAUUAAAAAAAAAAAAUCCAUCUCUGAAGUUCGUUGUGGUGAAGCUAGCCGGCAAAGCAUGGCAGUGUCCGCCUCUGGAGUGUGGCCUUCCCGGAAAGAAUCCCGGCUGACCACCCCCAGAAAGUGCAGGAGUAACAACGUGCUGUACAUACCCAAGUACUAUCAGUUACCGUUAUCAUAGUGAGAAGGCAGAAAUGGAACAAACUGAGUUGUAGCUAUUUGUUACAAGAUAAUAAGAAUUAGAGAUACUAGUAUGGAAAUAGAAACUUUUCCUGAGAUUUAAAAUAUGGCCAAAUUUGUCUUACAAGCUCUUUUAGAAAAGAAAAUGGGCACUGGAGUAGACAACUGCUCCAAGAGAAAGUUUCAAAGGAUAUGAGAGCAUUUUUGCAAAUAAAGAACUCAUAUUACUCUUUUACAAAAAUCGCAAAAAUAAAUGAAAUCUUAAUUCAGUGCAAAAGCUAAGCUCAAGUGGACACUUUCGAUUAAUUUCUGGUAGCUUGACAUCACUAGGACGAAGCUUGGAGAACUGAGAGCGUGGAGAGCCGAUGGUGGCUCAGGCGUUCGCAACUGCAGAUGCAGGGCUCCCCGACGUGUGGGGCACAGCCAGCUCCCGGCUUCAUCUGAGAUGAUGGCUGGAGAAGCUCACGAUGCUUUCUCCCAGGGGCUCCAGAUCACACUGGGUCUGCAGUGAGCGACCUGCAUUGUAAGCAGCCAAGACACAGGGUCUGAUUCGCCAGACUUGGAAAACACUCGCCCACCCAGUGGCCGGCAGCGGUGGGGUUGGGAUUCAUAUUGCCUCAGGCACUGACCUUCCAGAAACAACUCAGACUUGACUGAAAUACCUACAUCCACUUCUGAGGAGAGCCACACAUUAAUUCCACACUACCCGUUAGAACAAGUGUGUGGAUUUGUUUAUGAAAUCCACAGGAGACUCCGUGGAGGGAGAGAUUAAAGCUCUUCCGGGAAGGUUGAUAGAGAAGAGUGAGCCAGAAGUGAGUUUGAGGUGCUGAGCUUUUCCCCGGAGGGGUCUGUCAGAGGGCAUGUGGGCUGCAGAAGGGACCCCAUGUAAGGAGAGGGGGGUCCCAGGCCCUGGGCAGUGAAAGGAGAAGGCAGCUGAGGCAGGCAGGGGUGACUCACACGCAGCCAGUGGAAAACAGAGGCGUCAAGCAGGGAGGGUGGAAGACAAGGCGCUUCCCUUCCACGAAGCACAUGGAGGGCCAAAUUAGGACUGCACGCCACGCCAGAUCAUGCCAGGUCACGCCACACGCAGGCUGCUCCCAACUGGCAGGGCCUGAUCCAGCCAGGAGGGCCGGGUCCCAGGAGUCCCACAGCCCAGGUGUUGCUGGAAGAGCCGGUCACCUCUGCAGCGAUAGAGGGCUGCCUGAAGAUUCCGCCCUCGGGCCCGGCAGAACAUCCCAGCACCACUGUCACUCACGGGCCAGGUCUGCCCUGCACUUCCACCGCUGACUUAGUCUUGGGAGUGGCCAUGUGCCCCUCUCCAAGUGAGGGGCAAGACAUGAGUAGGGGACGGGCCACUUUCUGCCACCCUGAAAACACGCUGGGCACAGCAUAAGGGAGGAUGAAGAAGUCAGGGCCCGCCCCUCAGAGCCCACCUUGAAAUCUCUGCCCCAGCUCCCCUACCUCUUGCUACAGAUUUUCUGCGGUCUGCGUUCACGCCUGCUUAGGCCCCUACGAAAGUCUUCAUAAAACCGACACCACCUUUAUCUGCCUCCAAAAUACACACUGCUUUCCCAUCGGGAAGAUCAGCAAUGUGGUUUCCUGCCUGGUUUGUAGUCAGCAAGUCAGUGUCCGGUGGUUUCCAGACCUUUUGCAGGACGGAGCGAAGGGAACGGCCACAUGGCCAGGCAGCCUCCGCCAGCCACCUCCAGCCCGGGUUCUGGAGCCAUGGGUGAUGUCAGGGGACAGAGUCAGGGUUUCUGUGGGCUUCAUCUUUGCCGAGGAAAGGAUUUGCGGGUCGACAGCUAUGGUUUCCCUUCCGUUCCUGCGAUUCUCUUCACAACUGUACACAUCUGUCACAUCGUGCUGACCUUGUCAUGAGUCCUGUCCCUCAGAAAUGUCAAGCUGAGUUCCUUUUCAAACAAACAGCUCCAUUUUUCCACCUAAUUUUGUUUUCACAGGAAGCUUUUCUUAUCCAUAAAGUUACAUGCUUUUAUUUGGUACAGUGCUGACCACGUCUGGAGAGCCAUAAACCGUAAAUACACAGGAUAGCAAUGCCCGGAAUAGUUAGAGUAUUUUGAUGAAAUCCUAUUUUUAGAUGAUAAAUUUUAAGAGGUGUCUAUAGUAUCUUUAAAACAAAGACAUUUGAGGCGUACAUAAAGUAGACAUUUUUAUCUUAGGGAAACGUCUAUGCCCAUUUUUUAAGAAGCCAUUCUAAUAAAAUAAUCUGACAAAUUGGCCCAAAAUACAGUAAGUCUCACUUUCUGAUGGAGACCAAAAGGGAGUGAGAGCCUUCCUUUUUAUGUACUGCCGUUGGAUCGCCGGGCCGCCCCUUGUCAUGCCCAUCCCGCAGCCCUCAGGGAGCCUGCAGAGUCCCUAAUCCCCAUCAGGGAGACACCAUCCCACACACCCCAAAGCCUGUCCUCAUCUGGGGUUUCUGCAGAGCUCACAGUUGGAGGUGGAAAUUUAGAAGCUCUGUGUUGCAGGAGAGGCCGUAGCACUCCCAGGCAGCUCUUGGCAGGGACAGACUGCCCCCCCGCCCUGCCUCGCUGGUAUUUCAGGGUCUCAGGCAGACUCACCACCGUGUGGAGCUAGGCGGGUGGCCGGAGGACACAGUGUGGGCCUUGCCAUCGCCUGGGUCCCUCACUGCCACCUGGGUCCCUCGCCACCGCAGGUGCAGGGCGUUUCUGGAAACACUGGCUGCUGGUGGCACCUGUCAAACUUCUCCCACAAAUUCUGAAUCUGGUAAAGUGAAGGAAGGAUGGGGGAGAGGUGAGGAGGCAGGAACAGAGGUGACAGGGGCAGGGACCAGAGACAGGGUGAGGACACAGCAAGCGUCCUUCUCAUGCCGCCCGUGGAAAGAGGUGGCCAGCACCACCCUCUUCACUCUGCCCUCAGCACCCCCUUUUACUUCCCUUCUCGCCUCCUUCUUUCCUCCCCGCCUCUUCCCUUUCUUGCUGUCUUGUGUCCCGAAACUCUGCUGUGGGCCCCCAGGAGGAGGUGGUCUCGGGCACCAUACCCCCCAGGGAUCCAGCAGCAGGUUCAUGCUUGAGGCUGGGGGAGCCCUGCUGGGUUCCUGGUGCCUUGCGCACGGGCGUCGCUGCAGUUAUUUUGGGACUCUCCUGGGUGUGCCCACACAGCCUGACCUUCCACCAGAAGGAAUACUGGUGGCCACAUCUCUCGAGAGCUAUUUAAUUUCUUGAGACCGGGUUAUUUUUGUAUUUUUGGUAGAGACAGGGUCUCACCAUGUUGCCCAGGCUGGUCUCAAACUCCUGGCCUCAAGUGAUCCACCCGCCUCAGCUUCCCAGAGAGCUGGGAUUAUGGGCGUGAACCACCACAUUGGCCUCUAGAGAUUCACACCAAACAAUAUCGCCCCUGCAAGGAAACAUAGACAGAUAAACCCUGGUGAGAGAAACACCUUAUUUCCCAGCUCAUCAUCCUAAAGACGAGAUGGGAGGGAUGAGUAUUCCCUAAACAUGAAGAUGAGAUCACGUGGGUCCCAGUGCCUCUUUUCACACAGGUCCUAGAUUUCUAUCACUCUGCAGUUUAUGCAUCUUUAAAAAAAUCUCUCCCAGCGUGCCCUGUUAGUUUUCAGCAUUUUGUAAGCAAAAUGAACUUAAUACAUAGUAAUUAUAAUUGAAGGUAUGUACAUAAAAAGCAUGAUUGAAUGGCAAUACUGUAUCAAUGGAUGUACAUUUGUAAUAUUUGUAAAAAAAAAACCUUAAAAUAUGAAUUUACAUAUGUUAAUUUGCCUCUAAGUUCUGUAAAUUGCACUUCAGUGAUAUCUGAUAAGUGAAUGUUUCUGUUAAGUGAAUAAAAAUAUUAGGUAAAAUUGU